AUGGGUGGCAUUGCUAUUUCGUCGCUUGUUCUUAAGCGGCGGUACGAAAACCCCCGCCGGCCGUGGCGAGUGUGGUUCUACGACGUGGGCAAGCAGGUACUGGGUGCCCUCAUGCUGCAUUUCCUGAACUUAUUGGCAUCAAUUCUGUUCAGUGACGACAGUAGCGGGCUGGAUGAGAAUCCUUGUACCUGGUACUUUCUGAAUGUGCUGUUUGACACCACCAUCGGCGUGCCCCUUUUGUGGGCUUGCCUGUAUUAUGUCUAUAUUUUGGCUUUCAAGCUCAAAAUGACCAAAAUUGUCUCGGGACAGUAUGGCAAUCCUCCAGAAUUUGCUGCGUUUGCCAAGCAGGCAGGCCUGUACAUGAUCGCUUUGAUCCUCGCUAAGGUAUUCCUCUAUUUAAUCCUCUACACCGUUCCGUUCCUGGAUGAUUGGGGUGCGUAUCUCAUUUCUUGGACCAAUUUCGAUCUAAGAGUGCAGAUUCUUUUUGUUAUGUUCAUUUUCCCAGCAGUGAUGAACGCCGUGCAGUACUACCUCGUUGACACCAUGAUCCAGUCGCCCGAGUACGGUUGCAACAGCGAGCACUUCCCUGGGAAUCUUGAUACCAGCAUGUCGAGGUAUGGCACAUUCGACCCGUUCAAGUCCCAAACUGCUCCGCACUAA